AUUUCAGGAGAUCAAUAUGAGCAUCCAUAUGAGGCCAGUCUCUGCAUAUGGUAAAUUUAGAUAGCGAGAGAGGGAGAGUGAAAGGGAGAAAGAGAGAGAGUGCAUCGGUGUGAGAGAUAGAGGGUGUAAAAAAAACGAAGCACUGGAUCAGAUAGCAGACAUGAGUGAGACAGAGCGAACGAAAGAGAGAACAAGACACAGAGAGAAAGACACAGACAGAGAGAGAGGAUCACUGGUUGUACUGAAACACCGAAGAAUACAGCUCAUCUGUGCAUUAGUGGAAAAUCAGAGCAAAAAUGAGGGAACAUUAAUGGAGUAUUUCAAAAGGGAUUCUAUGUACCACUUUGGCUGAAGAACCCUCUUUUAUUGUGCAUGUGUGUAUGGUUGUGAGAGUAAGCAAAUACAUGCUCAUGUGGUGUUGUGGAUUGCAUUAAGGAUGAGGACUUGGCAGGAUGACACCAGGAUCCACUUGACUUUUACUCAUGGUUUUACUCAUGGAGGAACUCUUAUAGAGCCUGCUGGAACAAUGCUUUAACUAGUCAAUUGUACACUCUUGCACAUAUACUUUAAUACAAACCCGUGUAAGCAAAAGAUUCCUUAGCAGAUAAAUACAGAGGCCUGACAGUCCAUCUUGAUUCAGUUCAAGCAGCACGAGUGUGGGUGUUUCCCACCACUACAGCAUUGCUUCAUCAUCAUAAGAGGUCCUGCAUUGCUACAGCAACAUGCCGAACCUUGGCAACACCUUUGGAAAUGGCAAGGUGCAGACGAGGUGCAAGUCCCGCACCCGUUUAGUCAAGAAAACGGGUCAGUGCAAUGUAAACAUUGUAAACAUGGCAGAUCAGUCUCAGCGCUACCUGGCUGACAUCUACACCACCUUCGUGGAUGUGCGCUGGCGCUGGAUGUUCUUGCUCUUCUCAUGUAGCUUCAUCACGAUCUGGCUAGCAUUCGGCUUCAACUUCUGGCUCAUUACCCUCAUGCAUGGUGACCUGAACCUGGAUCUUCCUGAAGAUUACAAGCCAUGCAUCAUGAAUAUCAAUGGCUUUCUUUCGGCAUUCCUCUUCUCUCUUGAGACGCAGACCACCAUUGGCUAUGGCUUCCGCUGUGUGACGGAUGAGUGCCCUGUGGCCGUUUGCAUGGUCGUGACUCAGUCCAUUGCGGGCUGCCUCUUCAACGCAUUCAUGAUUGGUGCAAUCAUGACCAAGAUGGCUCGGCCCAAGAAGCGUGCGGAGACAAUGCUGUUCUCGCGCAACGCCAUCAUAUCCAUGCGUGAUGGUAACCUAUGCCUGAUGUGGCGUGUGGGGAACAUGCGUAAGAGUCACAUCGUAGAGGCACACGUACGUGCCCAGAUGAUCCAGUCACGUGUGACGGACGAGGGCGAGUAUCUCCCACUUGAACAGAUUGACAUCAAUGUGGGUUACGACACGGGCACUGACCGGAUCUUCUUCGUCUCGCCACUGACCAUCAUCCACAAGAUCAAUGAAGACAGCCCACUUUAUGAGCUCAGCAAGCAGGAUCUGAUGGAAUCAGACUUCGAGAUCGUGGUGAUCCUCGAGGGCUUGGUGGAGGCCACGGCCAUGACAGCACAGGUGCGCAGCUCUUACCUGGCCAGCGAGAUCUUGUGGGGACACCGUUUUGAGCCGAUGAUAUUUGAGGAGAAGAAUCAUUACAAGGUAGACUUCUCAACUUUCCACAAGACUUAUGAAGUCACCUCCACACCACUUUGUAGCGCCAAAGACAUUGAGGAGCAGGAAUCUUCACAGGACAGUGAUGGUUUCUGUUAUGAGAAUGAAGUGGCCUCCAGUAGUAGCAAGGAAGAUGAGCUGGAAGAUGGUAGGGGACACAGAGGAGCUGACCUGGAAACCCUACCAGUCAAGGUGGACUUUGACCAGUGGGGAGUCCACAGGGAGUCAGAGAUAUGACCACAGGGAAUCAGAGAUAUGAUUUCAGACCCCAUUGACCUUUGACCUUUGCCUCAAGACACUUGGUUUUAAUGUAGAUCCAGCCUAUUCCUUUAGUUUUGGCUUUGGCUGACAGACGCACAACAAAGCAAGUGCCAUAUGAACCUUUGACCGCUGCAAUAAUGCCAAGCUGUAGGCAAGUGCAGGCAAGUUAUGUUCAUGACUGCUGCAGCUGGAUGGCCUUCCUGUAGGAAAACUUGAAAUAGCAUUUUUUGUUUCAUACUGUAGUUUGAACUGAUUUUAAGUGGUAUCAUAAUGCAAUAGUAAGCAAACCUUGGUGCCAAACUUGGUCAGACAUUUGCUAGGUGCUUUUGGGCUACAUUCUCCUGCUAAUUUUAUGUACCCAUCAGCAUCCUAAUUACUAUUAAAUCACUUCAUUUGGCGUAACUUUAUUUUUGUAGAAGGUAAAACUAGGAUGAGCAUAUGUUAAGGUCUUUGUCCACUUUUCUGUUUGUUUUAUAUUGUGGCACAUAAAGGACUCUUUGGAAUUUAUAUCAUCCUGGUAAAGAUGAUCAAAAAGCUAUGAGAAAUGCCUUUAAAAUAAU